UCGACGAUUCGGUUUUGUGGUGCGAUGUGCGCGUCGUGCUCGUCGUUUUCUCGUCCUGGUCGCCGCCGUCGCCGCCGCCGUCGUCGUCGAGUCCAAUCCGUACUCAAGUCCGCGAGAUCGCCACCGCUCGAGGAGCUCACCCGCAGCAACUGUCACUCUUCGUCAGACGCUUUAUAAUAUACCAGUACACAAUCCACGAUCGUAUACUCCAGCCGCUGUAUAAAUAGCUACUAAGUGACGCACACCAUGCAACCACAGCUUGGUCGGCAGUUGCGGAGUCGGAGGAUCAGGUGACUUAGUUCGGAGGGGGGCGGGUGGCGUCCUGCCGCCACACCAUCCGCACCCCCAUCCCGCCGAUUUCCCCCAUCCACUUCGUUUCAAUUGCAUGGAUAUCUGUUCGUCGUUCGCAACAGUCGGUUCCCUGAGUUCGGGUCUGUGUAGCCCGUUGGCACAAAGCUUUUCGCGGCAGGGCAAGAAACGGGCGCUAUCCGUGUCGCCGUCCCCAGACCUGGAGCUACAUGGCCGGAUUCGGUCAUCGCCGAGCGCGCUGUACUCGGCCGCCGCAGCGUACGGCGCUUCGUGCUCUAGGAGUUCGAGCACGUCCGGUUCGUAUGGGCACCUGAACCCAYUGGCGUUUACCAUGCAACACCACCCAUCUGUCAUAUCGCCGCAAGUCCAACAGUUGCUUCGAUCCGCCAGUGGCUUGCACUUGCCGUGGCAUAAUGCCGCUGCCAUGCCGUCCUCUGCCCACCAUCCCUCGUAUAACAUACACAUGUUACCGGUACCCUCGCAGGACUGCAGUUCACAGAUGUUGGCCAACGACAUGUGCAAGGUCAAACAUGAACGGUCCAAAUCAAAAUCGACAUCGGCUUCGAAGAAGACUUCUCAAAAGAUCGUCGAAGACUCGAAACAAAACUCACCGGAAUCCAUCAGUGACCUCAAAGGGGAACCAGAUUUUAUCGAGACAAACUGUCACUGGAAGAACUGUAAUUUAGAAUACCAGACUCAGGCUGUAUUAGUGCAGCACAUCGUUAAUGAUCAUAUUCAGGCGAACAAAAAGUCAUUUGUAUGCCAGUGGCAGGAUUGUUCUAGAGCCGAGAAGCCAUUCAAAGCUCAAUACAUGCUUGUAGUACAYAUGCGAAGGCAUACUGGAGAGAAACCACACAAAUGCACGUUUGAAAAUUGCACCAAAGCUUAUUCGAGGUUGGAAAACCUAAAAACUCAUCUCAGAUCUCAUACCGGUGAAAAGCCCUACACUUGUGAACAYCCUGGUUGCAGUAAGGCCUUUAGCAAUGCUUCCGAUAGAGCAAAACAUCAAAACCGUACUCAUUCCAGCGAGAAACCGUACAUAUGUAAAGCUCCCGGAUGUACAAAACGUUACACCGAUCCCAGUUCCUUGCGCAAACACGUCAAGACAGUUCACGGGGCUGAUUUCUACGCGCAUAAACGACAUAAAGGCAAUGGAAAUGGUGACAACAGUCGUGGCGGAGGAAGUGGAAGUGGCGGAAACGGUCCUGGUGCUGAUGACGCGUCACCGUAUCGGAGCGAUGAGAUGCCGAUGAGUGCCAAAACCGUUAGCGUGUCUAGUCCGAGCAUAAAAUCUGAAGAAACGAAUUCCCCUGGUCAGCAACCCAGUCCUAUGAGCGUUCCGUACAGUAAUAGAAUGUUUCACGACGAGCCUAUUAGCGACAGCAACCAUAGUGCAGACGCUCUGGAUGACAAUUGGGUCGAAGAUGGGCAUGAAGCCGAUUUAUUCGACUUUAUUCCAAUGCACUCUGAAGUCGGAAUGGUCACUUCGGCGCCUAUGGUUAGAAGGAUGCGACGGUUUGUGCCUCAUGCUGGAUUGAAGCACGCAGCAGCCAGCGAGUUAUUACCAAUGCCUGAAUUGAGUCCAGGACAUGGAAGUACUUCUGGCAUGCAAGAAUUAAAUAAACAAUUGACUGACAUGAAGAUGGUAUCCAAUCAAGACACUAUACGGAGAGAAAGCACUUUUAGUAACUACUGGAGCAUGAAGUCUGACCUCAGUCGCAGAAACAGUCAAGUACCAUCCGARCAUCAUAGAUUAAGCAACGCCUCUUCUUUAUACGAUCCGAUUUCUGUGGAUUAUUCUCCUAGUCAAGCAAACACAGCAAUGGGUCCUGAUAUCGAUGCGUUUACCGAUAACGAAGAAUGCAGACAGUUGCCAGAAAGUGCCAAAACGGCGAGACCUCAAACUCAACAAGCUGGGGCCGUACAUCAUCCCAACUCGAAUAUCAACCUCGACGAGGUCGGCGAGGGUGAAUCGCUGGAGAGCAAAAUGGUCCUACCUGAUGAUUUCGAUGACGUCAUCAAGGACAUGAUAAGCGAAAAAAUUGACGAAUAUGAUCUCGGCGCGUUCGACGCAGAAAAGACCAUUAACGAAUUGACCGAAUCCGCUCUGGAGCACAUUCCCACGCUGACCCCGCCCAUCGUCACUCAGGAUGCGACUAAUGGUGCCGGAAACGGUCAAGCGUUAACCAAUACCGUGGCCCCCAUUGUUCCGUCACCCAUUCCGAAUGACAGACCAAGCAARGUGCCACCGGCAAACAGCUACCGUAACAUGCGAAGCAACAGUUUACCGGUUAAUUGGCAAGGACAGGAACAGAGCCACGGGCAUGGCUUGCCCGGUUCGGCGUACAACCCUCAAUUCCAGAACCAAAGACCAUACCAGGCGAACCACCCGGCUAUGUUGUUCGGCACCACCACUACCAACAACACCAACAACAACAAUUUUAACUUCGGGCCGAAUAUGCAACAGAGGCAAAACGGUGGACGGUACUCGUAUUCGUCCCACCAGGACUUUGUUAACUACAACCACAAUUACGCCAACUUCAGGCAUAACAGUGGACAUCAGUACCACCAAAUGAAGAACAACAACAAUCAACACUACCAGCUGAACAACAACAACAACAACAAUAACAACAAUUUCAACAAUAACAGCAACAGCAAUAGCAACAACAAUAAUAACAAUAACAACAACAACGGUCUUCAGUUCCACGGGCAAGGCAACGAAAAUGGAUACUAUGACGACAACAACGCUACUCCUAACACGUACCAAAGGUGCCAAAGAACCGCCUCUGGCAAUGGAGGACAACAAGCCGCGGCUGUGGGACAAGCGGCCACCACGCAUGGCAUGCAGUCGUACAGUCACAGUUACUACAAUGGUGGCUGCAACAACCAUCAGUGCAGUCAACAGCAGUGCGGCCAACAGCACAACAACAAUUACUACAACAGUGGCUAUCAUCAAAAUAAAUUCAAUGGCUGCUAUUCGAGGCCAAACCACCAACAACAUAUGAGCCAGCAAACCCAUCAGCAACAACAGCAUCAGCAGCACCAGCAGCAAUACUACACGGAUCUGGACCGGAAACAGGAAGCUGGAACGACGGGUGCUGCGGGUCCGAUGGAGGAGGAAUCCUCUACCUUCCGGCCCGCACCAGAACCCCAAGAGUUCGACAGCAGUAACAAUAUGGUACUUAAGGACAUGUCUACGUCAUUAAGUUCGCUCUACGACGAGAACAACUUUUUCCAAAUGUCUACUGUGUUUUCCGAAUCAUAACCAAAUAUAUCCACCACCUUACGUAUAAAAUUGUAUAAAAAUUAAAACUAUAGUUACCACUCAGUUUUAGCGUGUUUUGUAAGUGCCCUCCUUYUCCAAUGAAGUGUUGAUCAUUUGUAUGUGUAUUUUUUUUUAAAUGUUUUUUUUUCUACUGUAAAACUGGUCAUUAACGAUAAAUUUGUAUUAGAUAUAAGAUGAAAGCAUUUCUGAACUAAUGCGUUUAUUCUACAUAAUUUAAAACGUUUUUAGUAUGCGUUGUAAUUUAAUUUUGAAAUAAAAAAAUUAAAAAUUAUAAAUCCACUGGAUUUGAAUUGUGUAUAUAUUGAGAAUGUUAAAAUUCAUAAUUUUAUUUAUUUAAAUGUAAGUAUGUAAUUUAACUUAAAAUUUUUAUUGUUAUAAAUGUGAUCUUCAUUUUAAGACUUUUAUUUAUUUUUUUUUGUUAAAAUGAAAUCAUAACUUUCUUGUAUGUUUGAUUUAAGAUGGUAAAUUUUUUUAAUUAAAAAAAGU